AAAUCGGAAUAUCAAGUCGUUUUUCUGAUUUCCGUGCAAGAACGGGAAAACCAAAAAUCAAGUCAUAAUUUAGUUUUUUCGUUUUUCAAAAAAAACGAAAAAGGAGUUGUUUUCUCGUUUUUUAUAUAUGAAAGCAAAAACAAAUGAACGAACGAUACCCGGACCGACAAUCUGGUUCCGUCCGUUAAAGUUAACUUUUUCAAAUAACAAUCGCGGUCACGGACAAUGUGUGACCUUACAUGUUCAGAUCAAAUCGGAUUUUCUCCAGACAUUGUUAAAAAAAUAAGCUAACAAUACUUGCUAGCUAGCGUUAGUGAAGUGGUCAGGGGGAUCGUUCUGCCUCCACCUAAGCUCCGCCCACAGAAAACGUCAAAAUAUUUACUAACUGAAAAGGGGUCUAUUUUACAGUGUAAUAGGAGAUGAGAAAUGAUUGAUUGGUGUCCAGUCUUCUUCCGACCAAUAGGAGACGAGUAUUUCCUGAUGCAGUGACCAGUCACAUAGCACGGAGUGGUAUUUGAAUCACGGAAAGGCCGUUAUUUAAGCGACUUGUUUUUAGUUGGACGAGGAACACUCAGCAAGGCUUAACAGCGCUUUUCAAGCGUUUAUAUUUUAUUUGAGUUAUUUAUUAACCCGAGAGGGAGAUCCACUAUGGAAAUGCACGCUUUGCACAAUGCAGACAACCCUGCUUUCAUCAGUGGCAAAGCCAGGCCUGUAAAUGGUGGAGCAAAAAGGGCAGUGUUUUGUGAACUGUCUAACUUUGCUCUCAAACCUUCUCGGACCAAGAAAGUUAAACCUGUGCUACCUAUGAAAACAUCUGUUAAGCCAGCUGUUGUGCAACCAAAGCAUGCCCAGGUCCCCCACCCUGCACCAGUUUUACCCACAGCUCGAGCUGAUGUCUGCGUGAAGGAAGAGGAGCUCUGCCAAGCCUUUUCCAAUAGCCUUUUCCCAGUCGAAGAUAUUGAUGAAGGUGAUGCUGACAUGCCUCAGUUAUGUUCUGAAUAUGUGAAGGACAUCUAUGUGUAUCUGCGACACCUUGAGGCUCAACAGUCGAUCCGUCCCCGUUAUAUGCAUGGUUACGAUAUCAAUGGGCGAAUGCGAGCACUUCUGGUUGACUGGCUGAUUCAGGUGCACUCAAGAUUUCAGCUAAUGCAGGAAACCCUUUACAUGACCGUUGCCAUCCUUGAUCGUUUUCUCCAGGUUCAACCAGUGACCCGCAAGAAGCUCCAGCUUGUGGGUGUUACUGCAAUGUUGAUUGCUUGUAAAUAUGAGGAAAGGCAUGUGCCAAUGGUUGGGGACUUUGUCUACAUCGCUGAUGAUGCUUUCACAAAAGCCCAGAUUCGAGAGAUGGAGAUGCUGAUUCUAAGUGAACUAAACUUUGAAUUUGGACGGCCUUUACCCCUGCACUUUCUACGGAGGGCUUCAAAGGCUGGAAAUGCUGAUGCUGAGAAACACACUCUUGCUAAAUAUUUUCUGGAGCUGACACUUCUUGACUAUGACAUGGUUCACUAUCUCCCUUCUGAAACUGCUGCUGCUGCUCUCUGCCUCUCUCAACUUGUGCUUGAUGGGCAAAAAUGGUCAUCAACCCAACAACACUACUCUUCAUAUGAUGAGGCCCACUUGAAGUUGAUCAUGCAGCACAUUGCCAAAAAUGUUAUUGCUGUCAGUGAGGGACUCUCAAAGCAUGUGACUGUGAAGAAAAAGUAUUCCAGCAGUAAACUCAUGAAGAUCAGCCUCAUUCCCCAGUUGAUGUCUUCACUUGUAAAGGAACUGGCUGCACCAGUACUCUCUGGUUCUUAAGUUUAUUUUAUUUGUUUUUUAG